AUGUCCACAGACUAUGAUGACGAAGACUACUAUCUUCCGCUAGAAGAUCAGCGUGUUUUUGGCGCUGGGAUCCGGCGCAAAAGAGUACCCUUCGUGCGCUCGGGAGAGUUGAAUACUACGGCAGCCUCAUCCAAGUCUGGCACCAAUAUCGCAAAUGCAUACCUCUCAAUCGUACUGAAGCAGGGAAAUAAAUCAUUCACAUCUCCAUCCACACCUACUCAUACAGACUCAUCCGAGAACCCAAUACCGCCACCCAGAACUACUCAUUCCGCCCCGCCAACACCUAAGGCUAUCCAUACACCUCCAGCCUUCACCGAUACUACCGAGCCUCAAGCCAAAGCACCCGAGCAAUAUUGCGACGUAUGCAAUCUACCCCUCUCAGACCCACAGCAAUCGCAAUCACAAGCAACAUCUUCCCGUCCCCACGAAGCCUCUCUAGCCCACCAAGUCUGUCUCAAACAUUCCCACCCACCCAGCCACCUCGACCGCACCCGUGCAGGAAUGCGCUAUCUGUCAACCUACGGCUGGGAUCCAGAUAGCAGACUCGGUCUCGGUGCAGCGGGGCGCGAAGGUAUCCGGGAGCCACUGAAGGGUCGAAUCAAGCAUGACAAAGCGGGAUUAGGGUCGGGGCUUGAUAAAGAUGGGGAUCCGUUAAAGGUUCCUGCGCCGGUGAAGAAUAAGAUUGUCAAGUUGAAUGCGAAGGAGGUGAGGAAGAAGGAGGCUGAAGCGAAGAGGAAAGGGGAGAAGAUGCGGAAUUUAUUCUUUCAGAGUGAUGAGGUUUUGAAGUACCUCGGGGAGAGUGCUUAG